AUGACAGGAAACAAAAGACCAUUUAAAGUAAUAGAAAUGGAAAGAGAAGAUUUCAAAGACUUUGGAAAUGUUUACAAAUCAAAAACAUUGAUGAUGAAAAAAAGAAAUGAAAAUGGAGAUAAAAUUGUGUGGAGAUCAAUUAAAUGGUUUAAAUUUGAGAAAAAAGACCCAUAUAAAGUAUAUUAUAAAAACACUUUAGCUGUUGAUGAAAACUUCCAUGUGAUAAAUAUGACAAAACCAGUUUCCCGUCGAGCAACAGAGAAUACAACAACACUUGAGAACUUAAUAAUUCCUCUUUGUAAUGAAAAUCCUCCCAACAUUUCAGUAGAAAAAAAGAAAGACUUACUAUCUUUAUUAAAACAUAUACCUUCAGUUUAUCAUUCAUAUUAUACUACUUAUUCUCCUUCUUGA